AUGGAAGUUUCCAAUAAAACAUCUCCAAGCAUCUUUAUUCUUCAAGGACUAUCCAAUGUCUACUAUCUUAAGGUUAUCUGCUUCAUUGUCUUUUUAAUGAUGUAUAUAAGCACAUUAUCAGGAAAUCUUCUACUCAUCAUUGUGGUGAGGAUUAACCCAACCUUACAGGCCCCCAUGUACUUCCUGCUGAGCCAUCUUUCUUGCAUUGACAUCUGCUUUUCUUCUACAAUUGUUCCAAAAAUUCUAGCCAACACUAUAGCCAAGGACAGAAGUAUUUCCCUUUUGGGAUGUGCAGCCCAUAUGUACUUCUCUUCAGCAUUGGCUGCAACAGAGUGCAUCAUUCUUUCCAUCAUGGCUUAUGAUAGAUUUGCUGCCAUUUGUAGACCAUUGCACUAUAGCUCAAUCAUGAACAAAACGUUGUGUAAUGUUUUAGUGUCUGGAUCAUCGACUGUUUGCUUCUCAAACUCUGCUAUUCAUGUGUUCCUCACCUUCCAACUGCCCUUCUGUAGAUCCCACCAAGUCAACCACUUUUUCUGUGAGAUGCCUCCAUUCUUUCUAUUGUCAUGCAAGGACACUUGGCUCAAUGAGAUCGCCAUGUACAUCUCAGCUGGGAUCAUAGCCAUGUGCUCUUUCUUCUUGACCCUAAUUUCUUAUAUCCACAUCAUAUCCACCAUCUUAAAAAUUCAUUCUUUGCAUGGGAGACAUAAAGCUUUCUCAACCUGUGCCUCACAUCUAACUGUGGUGGCUCUCUACUAUGGUACUAUCAUGUUUAUGUAUCUGCGUCCCAGAUCUACAUACUCACCAGAAACAGAUAAAAUAGUGUCCAUUCUCUAUACAACAGUGACUCCAAUGCUGAAUCCUAUCAUCUACAGUAUUAGGAAUGCAGAUGUCAAAGAAACCAUAAAAAAGAAACUACUUCGAAAGUGA